AUGCGGAGCCGUAAAUCGUGUUUAUGGCAUAACGGGAUUCCUGUUUCGUUUCAGGUGGCCUGGAUGCUUUUCGACAAGAGCGCCAUCCUGACAGUACAAAAUCAUGUUAUUACCAGGAACCCCAGGAUAUCCGUGUCACAUAAGCAUAGGACCUGGUUCCUACAUAUCAAAGAGGUUCAGGAGGACGACAAGGGAAAGUACAUGUGCCAGAUUAAUACGGCAACCGCGAAAACACAAUAUGGCUAUCUGCACGUCGUAGUGCCUCCGAACAUAGAGGACUACCAGACCUCGUCAGACGCGAUUGUACGAGAGGGCGCGAACGUGAGUCUAACGUGCAAAGCGACCGGAAGUCCCAAGCCAAACAUAACCUGGAAAAGAGACGACGGCUCGAAGAUCUCAAUUAACAAAACGCUCUCUGUGUCAGAGUGGAAAGGCGAGACCCUCGAAAUCACACGUAUCUCAAGACUGGACAUGGGAGUUUAUUUAUGCAUCGCGAAGAACGAGGUGCCUCCGACAGUGAGCAAGCAGAUCAAAGUCUCCGUCGACUUAAGCUCGGGUGAACCGCGACACAACAAUAGUUUCUAUCCGGUGUACUUACCCAUUGUUACGUUACAGCUUCUCCUAAAUACCGAGUGCUUGCCUUUUCUACCCUUCUUUCAAAACCUCGAUUCUCGCCGGGACACCGUCGAAUCGAAUCGUUUUUCGUAUUGCCGAGGUUUUCGAAACAUCGAUGAUGAUAUUGAACAAAGAGUGAUAAAAAAUGGAAAAUUCGAUAGGAUGAAACGUUUCGUUAUGGAAAUUUGUUAA